UUUCCUGUCUAGAGUGGAGCUCCAGUCUGCAGCUAGAGUAGACCCUUCUCAUUGGAAUAGAGACACGUGACGCAUUAAUCUGCGACUCAUUGCUGCCGCUGAAUGGGCGGGCAGUAGCACAAAACGCCCCUGGUAACUGUUGCUAAACGCAGAGCGUACCUGGUGACUACUUUUCUGUUAGCAAAUCAAAACGUGCGGUACCGCCCCUUAGUGUAGCAAACAAAAACUCUUGUUGAUUGGCUGUCAAAAAGCGCAUGCGCACAUCAGAUUGCUUUGGCCAUUCUCAGAAAACUUCUACCCAAUGAGGUUCUUUCAAUAGCACACGUAGACCUGAGUGACAGACAAGCGGUGCAAUUAGAGUUAGAACUUAAUAUUAGCUGACCAAUAAGCACACAGUAUUACAGAACUAGGCGGGAUAUUUUGGAAUUGAGCGCGGGAUCAGCUCAGAGCAGGAACAGCAGCGGCGGAAUGAGUGAUCGUGAGAUCCGCCAACUAGAGAAGGCAAAAUGCAGGGCGGAGAAGAGUGGCAAUUUGAAGGAGGAGGCGGCCGUGUGCAACCAGCUAGGGGAGAUCCUUGCCCGUACUGGGCGGUUUCAGGAGGCGAUUGAGGAGCACCGGCAGGAGUUGCGGAUCUGCGAGAGUCUGGGUGAUGUUAUUGGCUGUGCUGUUGCAAACCGUAAGAUUGGGGAAAGCUUUGCUGAGUUGGGGAACUAUGAGGCUGCGCUGAAGCACCAGCGCCUGCACUUGGAUCUUGCCCGGUCAGUCUCAUCUGACAUUGAGGAACAAAGAGCUCUGGCCACAAUCGGUCGCACUUACUUGUACAUGUGCGAUGCUGGGCGGGCUGCUGAGGCACAAGGUCCAGCUGAAGAUGCCUUUUUGAAGAGCCUGGCAGUUGUGGAUGAGAAAUUGGAUGGGAAGGUCUCUGCUCGAGAGAUUAGCGAGAUGAGAGCGCGACUCUUCCUCAAUCUGGGAUUCCUGUACGACAGCAUGAAAGAGACAGCAAAGUGCAACGUCUACAUAAGGAAGAGUGUCUACAUUGCAGAACAGAACCAGCUACACGAGGAUCUGUACCGAGCCAACUCAACGCUAGGCAGCAUCCACCUUCGUAAUGGGGAGCACUCUAAGGCCAUCCGCUGCUGGGAGGCAGCACGUGAGUGCGCCAGACGUAUGCGGGACAAGCACAUGGAGAGCGACUGUUACAGCAGCAUAGGCCAGGUUCUGCUGUCUCUGGGGGAUCUUGCAGCUGGAAAACGAUCACUGAAGAAAGCGUAUCUUCUGGGCUCUCAGCAUCCGUCUGACCGAGAUGCUGUGCGCCGAAGCUUAAAAUAUGGUAUUAAGGGCUGUCACCUAGAGGAGGCGCUUUCAGAGCUACCCGAGGACGACCAGCAGGGAGCUCUGUCACUGUAUGAGCAGCUGGGGGAUCUGUACUGUAAAGUGGGCUGCUAUAGCAAAGCCGUGGAGUACUAUAAAAUGCAGCUGCGUUGUGCUGAGUCUCUGGGGAAGUCAGAGCGGGAGCUGGCUGUGAUACACAUAUCCCUGGCUGCCACCUUCACUGAUCUGAAAGACCACCGACAAGCUGUGACCCACUAUCGUGCUGAGCUGGAGCUCAGGAAGGGCAACCCCAAAGAGAAAUGUAAGACAUGGAUGAACAUGGGGCUGUCUUAUGAGGAAGACGGUCAGGACUACAGUGAGAUUCAGCGCUGCCUCUCAAGUGCAUUGCAGUGCGCCAAGCAGGCAGGAGAGGUUGGUCUUCAGCGGCGCGUUCUCCAGCAGCUCCUAUCUGUGCAGCGCAAAUGGCGUGAUUCUGAGGCAGAGGAUACAGAAGCUCAGCUGGGGAAGAUCUUGGAAGUUUCGUCAGGGGAGAGUAGCGAUGAGGAGAUGGAAAACAGUGAACCCCUGCAGGAGAGUGAACUGGAGCUGUCACAGAGCGAUGAUGAGGAAGAUCUGGAAGGUUAUGACAAGUCAGUGCCAGGGAGGAGACGGGUGAACCGGUGGAACCGUCGCAAUGAGAAGGGUGAGACCGUCCUGCACCGCGCCUGUAUUGAUGGCAACCUCAAGAUGGUUCAGUGCUUGCUGGAUAAGGGUCAUCCUCUGAAUCCUCGCGAUUACUGUGGGUGGACUCCGCUUCAUGAAGCCUGUAAUCAUGGACACCUGGAGAUUGUGGAGAUAUUGCUGGAUCGAGGCGCAAAUAUAAAUGACCCCGGGGGUCCCUUGUGUGACGGUAUCACCCCUCUUCAUGACUCUCUCUCCAGUGGCAACUUUCAUGUAGCCCAGCUGUUAAUCCGCAGAGGGGCGUCCGUGACCCAAAAGAGCAGCAAGGGUAUCAUGCCUCUAGGCAGCCUCCAGGAGUGGACACAGACGUAUGGGAGUCAUUUGGACCAGGAGACCCGGAGGAUUCGCAAGGAGACUGAGACCCUCCUACGGGAGGCGUUGGCUGGCAAAAUUGUUCCCGCCCCUCAGCCACCUCGGCCAGCUCAGGAUCUCCAGGAUAGUGAGUUGUUUGAUGCUGAGGACUCUCAGCCCCUCUCCACAGCACUCCCCAGUAUUUCUAGGGCAGAGCGUGAGAACCAGGUGCCCAGAAGAGAGAGCAGAGCAACAGAAAGACGGGCACCUUUACCGAGGGUUCACGAGUUGUCCCUAAUAACAGAGGACAAUGAUUUCGCUUUGCAUGUGGUCUCACCCAUCCAUACUAGCACUCAGCUGAGCAGAGAAGAUUCUUUUUAUAAUGAAUCCUCUGAACAACUUAUGACGCCUAUGAGGCCCGUCAUAAAGAAACAGAGAUUUGGAGUACAAAGGUCAUCAUCUGACUCCUCUAUUCCAGUUGAAACCACAGAAAAAAACGAGUCUGUGGAUCUGACCCUACAGUCCCUACAUAAAACUAGACUCUCAGAUGGUGGGGUGGAGGCAUACCAGAGUGCCAUCAAAGGCUUGGGCAGCGCUAAAACCCGCAUCUUCACCCAGUCUUUAACAAAGUCACCAAACACUGUCCCAGAUCCAGUGCGCAAGCUUGCUCUGGUGCCUUCAGACCAGUACCUAGAUGAUGACUGGCUGGAAGAUGAUCUGAAGGAAUUGUCACGUUCCAGGAAGAGAGGCCGUAGGUCCCCUACAGAUAUAGAUACUGGAGAUGAUGAUGAAUCCAGUGACAAAGAGGAUGAGGUACCAGAGGAAACUUCACAAGGCCGAGAUAAGCAUGUUCCCAGGACUCUUUCACUGUCCAGAAAGAGAUCACGUCAGACUAAGCUGACACAGAUAGUGGACAGAGCUGUUGUUGGUCGUACAAAGAGUUCUGUACAUAAUAACUCCUCAAUCCCUCGUUUGUCGGAGGUGUCAGUUAGCAGAGCCCAGAAUGUGUCGGCAGAUACUGUGGGACGUACUGAGUCUCCUGGAAUUGUGAUUAAUCCAUCUUUACCUGCACCGAUACGAGUUAGAGUGCGAGUUCAGGAUAAUGUCUUUCUGAUACCAAUUCCUCACAGUGACCGGGACGCUUUAGAAAUAUCAUGGCUUGCUGACCAGGCUUCUCAGCGGUAUUACCAGAGCUGCGGUCUGCUGCCCCGACUCAACCUGAAGAAAGAUGGAGCCUUGCUGGCCCCUCGAGAUGUGAUCCUGCAUGUGCUACAGAGUAACGAGGAGGUUCUAGCAGAGGUUCACUCCUGGGAUUUACCGCCUAUCACAGACAGGUAUAAGAAGGCCUGCCAGAGCUUGGCUGUGGAGGAGAACCGAUUGGUAUUGAAAGCCUUGGAGAGGCAGGAAUUGAGCCCAUCUCUAUCUUUGUGCCGGUUGUCUCUACGCUCGCGAGAUCUCUGCCCCCUGCUCCGUGCCCUGAAGCUCCAGACUACUUUACGUGAGCUGCACCUGUGUGGGAAUGUACUCGGAGACAGUGAGGCAGGAGAGCUUUUAGGCACUCUCAGCACCAUGCCCAACCUCACCCAUCUCAAUCUCUCCUGCAACCGACUCACCCAUGAGGGUGUCAGACGCCUGAGCCCACCGACCAGUGCCCCUGAAAACCAGGCCUUUAAGAGUUUAGAGGAGUUGGACCUGAGUAUGAACCCUCUGGGGGACAGCUUGGCACAGCCAUUGGCCUUUUUGCUCCACUGCUGUCCUGUGCUCCAUUCCCUGCAUCUGCACGGCUGCCAGCUGUCUGCCAAGUUCCUGCAACAGUACCGCCUCCUGCUGGCCGAUGCUUUCCGAGGUGCUGUGCAUCUGAAGAACAUCUCCCUCUCCAAUAAUCCCCUGAGCUCCACUGGUGUAGAGCUGGUCCUGAAGACUGUAUCACAUGAGGUUGUAUCACAGCUAGAACUGAGAGCUGUGACUGCUGGAAAUAGAGAAGGGCUUCUUAUGGAACCUCUGAUGCGGUAUCUGACCCAGGACGGCUGUGCCCUGACGCACCUGAAUCUCUCAUGCAAUCACCUGACAGAUGAGGCUGUGCAGUGCCUGGCUAGGUGCCUCCCGGUGAGUCUGUCUUUGAAGUUUCUAGACCUUUCUGGAAAUCCUGGUGUGGGAACCGAUGGGUUAGAAUGUUUGCUGAAGGCUGUCCAAGAAAGAAGCUCAGAAAUGUCCAACCUUAACCUUACAGGCUGCAGUAUUCGAGGGCCCCUAAGCAGCUCCUUUCUGGAUGCCAUUUCUUCCUCCCUUCAAGAACUCAGACUUGGUUCUUGCUUCUUGACCAAAAGAGACCGAGAGGCCCUGUCACAGGCAUGGCUAGGGGACAAACUUUUGCUGUUCCACCAACACAAACUGUUCUUCAAGAAGCUGUGACGAGAAAUAUCCUUCCUUUCCCUGACAUAGCACUCGUCCUCAUGGAAGUAACAUACAGCCGGCUAAGCUGCUGUGAUGCAUGAACGUUUAAUGCAAGCGGCAUCUGGAAAUGUCCUUGCAACACCCGGUAUAAGAUGGAUCUUCAUGGAACAAGCCUGAGAUAUGAGACACUGCUGUAUGGACUAGUGUACAAGUAUUGCUGCUCCUCAGGACUUUUCAGGUUGUGUAAUACUGAAACUUACCAGGGCCCCAUAACAUAAGUGCCUGUUUCUGUCCCACCCAGCUCAGAGACCCUAACCAUGGGGAACUGGCGUUACUAGUGGGGUGGUUGAGAUACGUAUCCAAAUUGCUCUGUUGGUGAUUACAUUUUGUCCAAUAAGGUAAACUCUGUAACCUUGUUAUACUUUCUUGCAGAGUUCUGCAUUCCUGUUUUUGGGGUUGGGUCAGGUGCAGUAAACACAUAGUAUUGUCCAGAUUCUGAGCACAAAUCUGUCUGACCUAGCUUUGCUUUAUUGGUAAGAGUGACCUUAAUUAUGUGGUGAAGUGCCACAUAGUUGUGCCCCACUAAUCUAAUGCUGGGCUGGCAGAGAUAUAUGAUUUCAGGAACUUUACACUUAUAUGGCGUCAUCGUGCCCCAUGUUGCCAAACUGGCAUUUUAUCCAACACCAUUGCUAUAUUGUACAUAUUUUUAACAUUUUAAUAAUUACAAAUAAUGAUGUACAGCUUGUAUUUGACGUGGGAGCGUGGCAAUAAGAUUAAUAAAAUAAAUAUGUAUAAAGGCGAGAGGGAUAGAGCUCAGACCUAGCCCUACUUGUUACCGGUGCUGCUGUUUUAUUCUGUCUUAUUUAUUUGUUGUUUGUUCCUUUGUUUUGUAUAAAUCUUUAUUGAAUAAACAAGUGGUUCUUA